GCCGGCAUGGAGGACGUUAACUCCAAUGUGAACGCGGACCAGGAGGUGCGGAAGCUGCAGGAGCUGGUGAAGAAGCUGGAGAAGCAGAACGAGCAGCUGAGGAGCCGCUCGGGAGCCGUGCAGGGCGCAGGCCUCCUCGGGCCCGGCAGCCCGGCUCGGGCCGGCGUGUCCACCACCCCUUGCUCGGGCGCGGCGUCCCCUCGGGGCUUCCCGCUGGGCCUGGGAGCCAAGGUGGGCGGCGCGGCGGGCUCAGGCCUGCGGAGGACCAGCAGCGAGGACCUGCGGGACGCCACCUCCUUGCUGGCGGCGGGAGAGGGCAGCUUGCUGGACGAGGUGGAGCCGCUGCGGCCCGACGAGCUGGAGCGGCUGUCAGGCUGGGAGGAGGAGGAGGAGAGCUGGCUGUACUCAUCACCAAAGAAAAAACUCACACCAAUGCAGAAAUCUGUUAGUCCGUUAGUUUGGUGCAGGCAAGUUUUGGAUUACCCAAGUCCUGAUGUGGAAUGUGCUAAAAAGUCUCUUAUCCACAAACUUGAUCAAACUAUGUCAGCUCUCAAGAGGCAAAAUUUAUACAAUAAUCCUUUCAACUCUAUGAGUUAUACAAGUCCUUAUAGCCCAAAUGCCAGUAGCCCUUACAGCAGCGGCUUCAACUCUCCAUCCUCAACACCAGUGCGACCUCCUAUAGUCAAGCAGCUUAUACUUCCUGGAAAUUCAGGUAACUUCAAAAGUUCAUCAGAUAGAAAUCCUCCACUCAGCCCUCAAUCCUCUAUAGAUAGUGAGUUAAGUGCUUCAGAAUUAGAUGAAGAUUCAAUUGGAUCCAACUAUAAGCUAAAUGAUGUAACUGAUGUGCAGAUUCUAGCCCGGAUGCAGGAAGAAAGUCUCCGGCAGGAAUAUGCAGCCACCACCUCCCGGCGCAGUUCUGGUUCAUCAAGCAGCAGAAGUGAUUCCAGUUUCCAAGUGCCAAACGGAGGGGUGCCUCGGAUGCAGCCUCAGGCCUCAGCCACUUCUCAAAGGCUGAAAAAUUUGCCUCGUACUUCCCUCAAAGCCAAACAGUUGCUUCCAACUUCAUCUACCAAAAGAGUACCUUCUCCAGGCAAGUUCCGCUCCCCUGCAGCACCAUCUCCGUUGGCUCUUCGGCAACCAGUGAAAGCAUUUAGUAACCAUGGUUCUGGUUCUGGUAGCCAAGAAAGUACACAGUUCACACAAACCACCUCCUCACCUGGGCCUCCCGUGGUGCAGAACCCAGUCCCAGCAAACCCUUCCAGCAAUAUCAACAGCGCCACUCUAACCAGACCUGCAGGGACAACUGCCAUGAGGAGCGGCCUGCCCCGGCCGAGCGCCCCUUCUGCGGGGGGCAUCCCAGUGCCUCGCAGCAAGCUUGCACAGCCUGUUCGCAGAUCCUUGCCAGCUCCGAAGACCUAUGGUAGCAUGAAAGACGACGGUUGGAAAGACGGCUGUUACUGAUUGGCAGAGACAAGAGCGCAGAGGUCACAGCUUCACGGACACCUUUCACCAGGCUGAAACCAACUUUUAUACGCAGACUCUGCAGCUAAGACUCUCGGGGUUGUCCAGCCCCGGCCCUCUCUGUCUACAAUAGCACAAACUGGCAGAGAUGACGAAGCAGCACUUUAUCCCACGUAACAUCCGAUACGUUUGGUAAUCAUGCAAUCACUCUCCAUGGAGUCACUCUUAGCUUUGUUCACUAGAAACACGGUUCAUUUUUUAUUGUUUGACAGAGGCGGCCACUAUCUGGGCAAAUACCUAAUGGAUGCCAAAGAGAAAUGCCCAUUUGUAAAGAGAGUACUUUUGUACACGGGAAGGUGGUGAAUUCAGGCUGUCCAAAACCUCACGUUCAACCUACUUUACUGUACGAAUAGUAUCAAUAAAUACUGUGUUAACAAGAACUAAUAUUCUGACUAAUUAAAUUGUUUUAUUAGUCCUUCAGGAUAGAGUAAAUUAUAAAGAUUGGGAGGGAGAAAGGAACGACCUGAGCUAAAGACUUAAAACAUGCUACCUGUGUUUAAGAGAGUUUUAUAAAUUACUUUUGCAAACUCAUUGGAAAAAUUAUCAUUCUUUUAAAUCAUACAUUUUAGACAUAGUUUACACAUAGCCACCGCCAGGUGGUGUCACCAUGCACGCCCACCGGGUUGCAUCAACAUCUCAGACUUCUAUGUGCUUGUUUUGAUUGCCAAAAGGGCUCACUAUCGGCUACACAGUCUUCUAAACCUUACACUUCCUGGCUCAGGAAAGAUGGCCUUUGCUCUUGAAGCCAACUUCCUCACAUGCUCUUUUCUGUCACAGAACUAAAAGAUCUUGUUCCCAUGACCAGGUUUCUAUGAUGUGGAAGAACAAGUUGUAUGUGUCUUUAUUCUUGAUAAAACAACACCUCCGAGCUUACAAGCUGGAAUGAAAGCAUACUGCAAGAGGAGGGGAAAUCUAUGCAUUUAACUACAAAGUCUCUGGUGAUGACCGCUGCAUUGCUGCUCUUAAGUGGUGUAACGGGCUGUUAUGUGGUAGUCGGUCCACUUCAAGCUGAAUAACUGUGUGAUGUAUCUUUAAAAUACUGUCCCUUUUGACUUAGAUUCUGCCUUACAUCAAUGUUUGCAUUGUUUGGUAAAAACCAUCCGACUCUUAAUUUGCUAAAUUACUUGCUGUCUAAUGACACAUGCGUGUAUGUAUACCCUUGAAAUCAACUGUUUCGGUUUUAUUGGAUUAUUACCAAACUAACUCAAGCUGACUUCUCAUUUUUGAUAAUGGGGUCUGUUUUUUAAAUACUUAGUCUGAACAUAUCUAAAAUAUUGGCAGUUGGGUCACAUAAAGGUGGAGGGAUUUGAACACGUUUCCUGUUAGUAGAGGAUGUUCAGAAAGUUGGAAGUAGAAAUGGAAGGAAGGAAGCAUCGAGUUGAUGAUAACAAAGACCCAGUCUGCCAGACUGAUGCUCCACCAGCAGGGAGACCUUCAGCUAGCUAGCAGGAGCAGCCGUCAGUGCCGGUGGGAGCUGGAGUGUAGAAUGGAAGAACGUGUAUCCUUGCAUUUGAAGGUGGCGAGAGGGAAUGGCGAGGUUGUCCAAAAUGAUGAACUAAAACUGAUGCUUUUCAGAGGAAGACGAAACGUGCUUGGUGGGAAGUGUCUCGUGUAAAUCUAAGUAACAAAGAAGUAGCCUCUGUCUCUGAAGAGUUUCAUGGCACACAGCAAACAGGUCUCUGUUUCAGUGUAACAUUUCAAAACAGAAUAAAUGCUGCAAUCUAAUAAUUUAAAGAACUUUAAUGAACCAUCUACUACAUUUUUUAAGUUAGAUAAUCAGUUUCAAAAGGAAUAUUCAGGUUAUUUAACGUUGUUUUUAAAUGGCUGCAUCAGAAAAAAUAUCUAUUUUUUUUUAAUUAAAGUAUUUCAUCACUUGUUUAAAAAUGUAUUUUGGAUCUGAGUUUGGUGAUAUUAUUUUACCUGCUGCUGUACUACCACAGACUAUUGGCUUUUAGUUUCCUAAAGAGAAAAAUUGCCUUUUGACUAGAAAGCCUUUGUGUAUUGCCAGUUUUUCUGUUUGGGAAAAUCUAAGGAUUUACUGUGGUUAGUCGUACAGAAGAAAUGUGGAUUUGAUAAACUAGUGCUUAUGAUUUUAACUUGUGUUUGAUAUAUAGUAGUAAGGGGUUAUGAAUGUUGAUUAUUUUGUGCCAACAUCCCAGAAUUGUCACUUAUAUGUCAGCAGAAAACUAUGACCUCUGCUUCCAAAGUUAUUUAAUUUUCUCAGUGUUUGGAUGUUAUUUUUUGUAAGUGUGUUAAUAAAAGUGUAAAGAAUUGGAAAAAUAUAAAUAUUCUUAAGCCUUUGCUGGAUCAUUUUUCUACAAAACUUGUUUGUAUAUUAUAAAACCCUCUGAAGAGUUGACUUCUCAGUUUUCAUACCCUGGAAAUCACAUUUUGUAAAACUGGGGACCAUUCAUAAUUGUCAGAUACUUUUUUAAAUUAUCUCAGAACAUCACUUUUAUAAAAAAAAGUUUUUUUGAAAACAAAGAAAAUUAAAUACAUAUGGCCCCAGGUGUUUGUAUAACUCUAGGAUGGUCUCUAGACUAUGUAUGUUUAAAUUGACUUUAUUCAUUGUACAGGUGUUCAGUUUUGACAGUAUGAUGCAUGGUCCUUUUAGAUCACAUGGAGUUUGAUUUGCAAACAUUUCUAUAGCUGAACUUGUAAUAUGUGGUUGCCUCCUUAAUAAACAGCCUGACCAUAAUGUUUACUAUUAAAUCUA